CAACACAAGUCGCAGCUUUGGGAAAAACAUAAAAAUUGUUCAAUUAUAAUGCAUAUCCACGCGCUCUAGUCGCAACGAAUUCAAAUUAAGGCAUUAAGCAGCAGUGCUCGUAGCGGGCCCAAAAUAAUACUGGGCACAUUCCAGUGCUAGUGCCACGUGCACCGUUUACCGGCAACAACAACACACGAAGAACGAAAUGAAGAAAACGAAAAUGACAAUCAAAACAACAACAAAAAGCAGCAGCAGCAACGGCAAGUGCAACGAUGUCGCUGAUUAUCACUUGAACCGGAACUACUUGCGGGCAAGUAGUCCAACAUUUGCAAUUCUGUUGCUAACGGUGCUCUUCGUGUGCCUGCUGCCAGCGGCGCUCGCCGAGAACCUCAAGGUGGUUUACGCGGUAAAUGCUGGCGGGGACGAUCAUACGGAUCGGAAUGGCAUACAUUAUGAGGCGGAUCCUUUGCGGAUAGGCAUUGCUUCGGAUUAUGGCAAGCAUUUGCUGAUGAUUGGACGCGUGCACGAGCAGGAUGAGGUACUGUAUCGAACAGAACGGUACCACACCACCACCUUUGGCUAUGAUUUUCCAACGGAUGGCGAUGGCGACUAUGCGCUAAUCAUGAAAUUCUGUGAGGUAUACUUCGAUGCUCCCAACCGUAAGGUUUUUGAUGUGGUACUCAACCGCAAGCACACGGUGGUGCGCCAACUGGACAUUUACAACCAAGUGGGCCGCGGCACGGCGCACGAUGAGAUCAUCUACUUCAAGAUCAGCAAUGGUCGCCUGCAGUACAAGCAUGAAGAGUCAGAUGUGCGCAAUGGACGUCUACGUCUAGAGUUCAUCAAGGGUGCUCUGGACAAUCCGAAAAUCAAUGCAUUUGCGCUGCUCAAAGGUGACUUUGAGAGCUUGCCACGUCUCCAAAAUGUAGAGGUCGCCGAUGAAAAAGACGCCGUUGGCCAAGUCAAUGAGCCGGAGGUGCGCAAGCCAGUCCCACAGCAGCAGCAUGUGGAACCCUCUGCCCGCUACGAUGACUUUGAUUAUGGUGAGGACGCUGACGAGUUGCUGGAUGAUGAGGAGCCCGAGCAACAAAACCGACAGCAACAGCAACACCAGCUGCCGCAAGGUGCGCCAAAGGCCAAGCGCGUACAGAGCGGACCACGUCAGCCCAAUCCUUAUUCCAUGGAUGACUCGUCCAUAUUGCUGCCCGUGUUCAUUGCCAUCGGAGCAUUCAUACCGCUGCUAUUUUGCUUGUGCAAGCUGUGAUGAUCCCCAUGGGAUUCAACAAAUGAGUUGUGGCUCUCACCCACACUGCUCCUUUCUCCUCCUCCGGGCUUGAUUAAGUUGGUUGUUGUACAUAAACAUUAGAUGUAUGAGAUGGCCCUCAAGAGACGUUGCGUAGCGCCCCGCACUCCUGCUGAAAUGAAAAUUAUUUUAAUUUGUUUAUUGCCACGCUAUGUAAAACACGUUGAUGAUAACAACAACGCACAAAAUUUCUCACACUCAAUGUAUGUUUGUUCCUUUAUUUUGACGCCGCCCCUCCAGGCGAAGGUACUUAAACUGAUAAUGCAGGUUGCAUUCUAGCAAUUUAUUUGCUUCAACUAAAUUAAAUAAAACCAAUUGAAACAUUCACAUUCAUUCAAAUUGUA